AUGGCAAAAGGUCUGAGCUUCCUGCGGGUGAAGGUGGCCAGCUGGCGGUACAGCCGCGGCAGGCGCUCCCUGGCGGACAACCUGGGUGCGGGGGGCACCCAUCCCCCGGAGGAGGGGGAGGCCUCCGAGGAGGAGGACUACGACAUCCCCGACGAGACCGAGGACGUGGUGGAGCAGCUGCUGGUCGGCCUCAGGGACAAGGACACCAUCAUCAGGUGGUCGGCCGCCAAGGGCGUGGGCCGGGUGACGGGCCGCCUCCCGAAGGAGCUGGCGGACGAUGUCGUCACCUCCGUCCUGGAGCUGUUCAGCCUGCGGGAGAGCGACUCCGCCUGGCACGGGGGCUGCCUGGCGCUGGCGGAGCUGGGCAGGAGGGGCCUGAUCCUGCCCCAGCACCUGGAGCGGGUGGUGGGCGUGGUGCUGCGGGCCCUGGUGUACGACGAGCAGCGGGGCAACUUCAGCGUGGGGGCCCACAUCCGGGACGCCGCCUGCUACGUGUGCUGGUCCUUCGCCCGGGCCUACGACCCCCCGGUGCUCGAGCCCCACGUCCGGGGCAUCGCGGGGGCCCUGCUGGUGGCCGCCGUCUUCGACAGGGAAGUGACGUGCCGGCGUGCCGCCUCCGCCGCCUUCCAGGAGAACGUGGGGCGCCAGGGCACCUUCCCCCACGGCAUCGAGAUCCUCACCGAGACCGACUACUACGCCGUCGGAUCCAGGACCAACGCCUUCCUCAACCUCAGCGUGCACAUCGCCCAGUUCUCCGAGUACACCCUGGCGCUGGUGGAGCACCUGCUGCGCCACAAGAUCAACCACUGGGACCCGGCCGUGAGGGAGCUGGCGGCCAAGUCCCUGCACAACCUGACGCCCAGCGACCCGGACUACGCCGCCGCCCAGGCCGUGCCACUGCUGCUGGACCUGGCCACGGGGGUGGACCCCAACGCCCGGCACGGCGCCCUCCUGGCCCUCGGAGAGGUCGUCCACGCGCUGGCGCUCCUCGGCCCCGUGGAGGACGUCCUGGGGGCCGAGGUGUCCGGCCGCAUCGCAGGCCUGGUGAGCGUCCUGGACGAGCGGGGGCUGUUCCGAGGCAUGGGAGGCGUCCAGAUGCGGACGGCCGCCUGCCUCCUGGUGGAAAAGUGCUCCCUGGCCGCAUUGCCCCUGCCCCCCGGCGAAGACAUCCCGGCGAAGUGGCAGCGGCUGCUGGACGGGUGCCUGCGUCACGCGGACGGGGGCGUGCGGGCGUCUGCGGUGUCCGCCCUCCCCCACUUCCUGGGGCGGCACCUCCGCCCGGGGGACCGCAUCCUGGACCGCUACCUGGAGGGGCUCGGGGAGGAGCACAUGGAGGCCCGCUGCGGAUUCGCACUCGCCAUAGGUGCCCUGCCGGCAUCGGUGCUGGCGGGCCGCGUGGAGGAGGCGGUGCGUGCCCUGGGGCGCUGCGUGGAGGACACGGAGGAGCACCCCGAGUGGGCGGAUGCCCGCCGCGAUGCGGUGCGGGCCCUGGCCAGGAUGGCCCGGACGGUGGGCACCGGGGGCCUGGGGGACCCGGGCCCCCUCUUCGAGGCGCUGCUCGCCGCCACCCGGGACUACACGCUGGACAGCCGCGGAGAGAUCGGCGCCAUCGUCCGCGAAGCCGCCAUGCUCGCCAUACAGGAGGUGGUGCUGCUGGUUAAGGAGGUGGAGGAGGACCUGGUGUCCCGGAUCUUCUGCGUCCUGGUGCAGCAGUGCACCGAGAAGAUAGACAGGACCAGGGCCGUGGCCGGAGGGGUCUUCCGGACGCUCCUGCACAGCCGCCCCCCGAUCCCGGGCAUCCCGCACCGGGAGGAGCUGCUGGAGGUGUUCCCGGAGGAGACGUGCCGCGACCUGAACUGGGCCUCGCCGGGGGACACGUUCCGCCUGUUCGUGCGCCUGCUGCACCUGCCCCGCUACACCCCGCACCUGCUCAUGGGCUUCGUGGUCAGCGUCGGGGGACUCACCGAAUCCCUGGUGAAGUACUCCAGCUCCGCCCUGGUGGGCCACCUGUCGUCCCGGCGCUCGGACGACGCGUUCCUGCAACACCUGUGCGACGCCCUGCUCCGCGUCCUGGAGGAGAACCUGUCCAACGACCGGGUGGUGGUGCCCUUCUUCAAGAUGAUGAACCACCUGCUGCCAUCGGGGGCGGAGCUGCCCGGCCCCGCCUUCCACGAGCGGCUGCUGGCGCUGGCCUGGGAGGCCUCCCGCAAGUCCCGGGACCCGCAGAAGAUCGUGGCCGCCGUCGACCUCCUCUGCAACCUGCUGCCCUUCUCCGAGGGCUGCCGGCGGGGGGCCCUGAACCGGCUGGCGGUAUUCCUGUGCCACCGCUUCCCCCGCGUGAGGAAGGUGACGGCCGGCAAGCUGUACGAGGCCCUGGUCACCUACGACCUGGCGGAGGACGAGCGGGCGACCGAGAUCCUGAGCGAGACCGACUGGGGGGCGACCGUCGAGGCUCUGAGGCCCGCCCGGGACCGACUGUGCGGGGCCCUGGGGCUGCAGCCCCCCGUGCCCAGGGCCAAGUGACGUCGACGAUGUUACGCUUGAGUUUGAUCGGAAAAGCGCCGUGGGAAUGAGCUCUUUUAAUGAAUGAAAACUCUUAAACGGCUUUCAUUUUAAACUUGAUCUUUUUUUUUAAUGCUGGUACACCACGAUUUUUUUUUACAUACCACACAUGGCUGGCUCUCUGCGAUUCGUGGCUCGUCGCUGAAACUCAUAAUUUUAUCGAGAAAUUUUACUCUUGAUGACGUGUGCCUUAGGGCCUUUAUGUCCCGCACGUGACACCUCUUCUAUUUCGUAGCAAAAAAUUCUUUUAAAUAUCAAGGAACAUUUUUUUUCUGCUUAACAAAUGACAAGCUUAUGCGAGAUUCCUUGAGCAAAAAAUGUUGUCAUUGCCCUUUAAAAUGAUUACUUUUUGAUGAAAUAUUAGGAAAUGUCACGUGCAGGACGAAGGAUCGACUUUUUCGUGGAAUGGCCCCUAACGGAAAUAUUUCUGGUUCUGUCAGGGUAAAGGGGUUGCCACGCCGCAGGGAGACGAGGAAUUUCGAAAAUGUCUCCAAAAACCUGGAAUUUUGCUUUUU